AUGCCUCAAUACCAGUCUCCAAGUGGUUCGAAAAAACCCAUAUGGUACAGCGUGGUGCUGCUGCUUUCCCUGCUCCUUAAUGGCUACUUGCUUCUUCGCCCCUCAGAUCAUGGGCGCUUGUUGGGCGGUGAUAAUAGGAAGGGCAGAAUGUUAAUAAGUGAAAAUAGGGGGUGGAGCAGAAGAGCUGCAGAUGAAGCAGAAGCAGUAGCAGCACAGUACCAGUGCUCUGGCCAUGGUUAUGUGUUUGUGGAUACCUUUCUAACAGAUCAUAAUGGAUCCUUCGUUUGUGAAUGUAAUCCCUGCUACACUGGACCUGACUGUUCACACCUCAUUUCAGAUUGUGUGGUGGACGCCAACCAAUUAGUCAUUGAGGAUUUGAAUCUAGGGCCAUCUAUGAAGGAUUUGAAUCUAGGGUCAUCUAUUUGUUACAAUAAAUUUCACUGUUCAAACUUCCUUUCAAAUUGUGCUGUGGACAUUAACAAAUUACCCAUAGGAGAUCCUACUUUCUUAGAGCCAUUCUGGAUUGCAAAUGCAGAAGCAGGAGUAACUGUAGUACCGGCCUGGUACCGAAUGAGCUACGACGUAAACAACGCUUUAGAAUAUUCUGCCACAUCUCCAGAGUUAGAGAAACAGAUUCGUGCCCUUCAUGAGGUGGUGGGAAACGCAGUUACAAAAGGCAGAUAUAUUGUUCUGGGAACAGGUUCUACCCAGCUUAUCAAUGCCGCAGUUUACAGCCUUUCCCAGGCUCAUGCUCGAAACCCCUCAAAAGUGGUCGCAGCCAUUCCAUAUUACGGGCCAUAUCGAUAUCAAACAGAAAUGUUCGACUCAAACGACUAUGUGUGGAAGGGAGAUGCGAGAGUUUGGGUUAAAAAAUCAGGGUUUCUUAAUUCGUCUACAUUCAUUGAAUUUGUUACAUCUCCAAACAACCCAGAUGGCCUGUUGAAGAAAGGCGUUCUGACAAGUAAGAACGUAAAAGAUAUAUAUGAUCAUGCCUAUUACUGGCCUCACUACACAGGAAUCCCACGCCCAGCCAGUGAAGAUAUUAUGCUUUUCACCCUCUCCAAGGUCACAGGCCACGCAGGAUCCAGGCUCGGGUGGGCCAUUGUAGAAGACUACGAUGUGUACGAGAGGAUGUACGAUUAUGUUGAAGAAAAUACAUUGGGUGUAUCGCACGAUACGCAGCUUCGAACGACCAUACUAUUAAAAGCAAUUGUAAAUGAUGAAAAGCAAUUGCUUUUCCACUACGCAUACAGUGUAAUGAGAAACCGCUGGCAAAGACUGGAGAAAAUUUUCAGUGGCUCUCAUCGUUUCUCUCUCCAGAGUUUGGAGCCUCGUUACUGCACCUUUUUCAAAAAGGUCACUGGCCCCUCACCAGCAUAUGCAUGGGUGAAAUGUGAGAAGGAGGAGGAGACCGAUUGCACAGGGGUGCUUAGGAAAGCAGGCAUCAUUGGACGGAAUGCCAGUGUGUUUGAAGCAGAUAAACGUUAUGUUCGACUCAGUUUGCUCAAGAGAGAUGACAAUUUUGCAUUGUUGGAGCGUCGCCUUCAGGCUCUAGUUUCUUAAUAUGGGGCAUCAAACUUUGCACUCAGUAAAACUUGAUAAGUACCUCAU